AGGAUAUAAAAGGACCAUGGCUCGCUUAGUCAGUGUUGCAGUGUGAUCCCAUUUACCUAACACAAUGGGAAAGAUAAUCUUCUACGAGGACAAGAACUUCCAGGGUCGCUCCUAUGAGUGCAACACCGACUGUGCCGACCUGCACACCCAUUUCAGCCACUGUAACUCCAUCCAAGUGGAGAGUGGUAGCUGGAUGGUCUAUGAGCGGCCAAACUACAUGGGCUACCAGUACUUCCUGAGAAGAGGCGAGUAUCCCGACUACCAGCGCUGGAUGGGCUUUAAUGAUUGCGUGAAAUCCUGCAGGAUGAUCCCUCAAAAUCAGGGAGCUCACAAGAUGAGAAUCUACGAGCGCUCUGACUUUGGCGGUCAGAUGCUGGAGUUUGCCGAUGACUGCCCCUCCCUCCACGAUCAAUUCCAUUACAAUGAUAUCAACUCUUGCAAUGUUAUGGAGGGGUAUUGGCUUUUCUAUGAGCAUCCCAACUACAGAGGCAGGCAGUAUCUCCUGAGGCCUGGCGAGUACAGGAGAUACAGUGACUGGGGAGCCAUCAAUUCCAAGAUUGGCUCCAUCAGACGUGUUGUUGCUCACCCAAACUGAGAGGCAAUACAUUGUCAACAUGAAACUGAGCCUGACAUUGAAAUUAAUAAAAGUUAGGUCCACCCGCCA